UUGCCAACAUGUUGAUGAUAUCCAGUGGUGCAUGUAGUCCAACUGCAGCAGUGUUUGAUGCUUCAGUGCUGCAGGUUAGAGAUGUAGCUUUUGUGCAAAUACAGCCUGGCAGAGUCAAACUAGCUUGCUCAGGUACCACUAGCAGGCAGGCCGUGACCUUAUGAACUUUCACACACAUUAUAAACAAGUUAUUGAUGGGCUUAGACAUGAGCCCUGCACUGUCACACAAGGGCUGUUGCCUGUAACUGAUUGUAACCAACUAGCUUAGAGGUGGCUUUGCUGUCACUCCAGGAGUUGCAGUCAUGUCUGCACUGUGAGUAUCUGGGUAUCCGUCGACAUCUCAUAGUCUGCAGAGAGACCAAGCCAGUGCUCCAGAAGAAGGCCGUGAGUGCCUGCCCCUUUUAGUUGACAAGAGGCUAACCUGCCUGAAUCUCUUGGUUUGCAGCACUGAGUACAGCCCUGCUUUGGGGUUUCUUGAGUGAUCAAAGUGAAGCUUUUUAUUGCUCACUUACUUGCUCUUGAAAGAAAUGAGCCAGGGCGAGGAAAGGCUGUCUGCAUCCAUACACAUCAAAGUCAGCAGAGGGGCUUUCAUGUUUGCCUUAAACAAGCCAUCCCCAGCCCCUCCAAAAAACGCCCAAUAAGGCCAAUUAGAGCGGCUCCCUGUCCUGCCUCAGAGCUGUGGGAUGAAUCACUGCUGUCCAGUCACUUCAGAAAGAGCACCUGACUGUGUCCCCUGGGGGAAUUCCUGCCCAGCAGCUCUUAGCUGGCUCUUGGAGUCCCUCCCUGACCUGCUGCUGUCUGGUGGAUGCACAGGGACAGGCUGCUGGCCAGCCAGUGUGCCAGCUCACCCUGCUUUUUCUUCCUGGGGAGAUGCAAGGUCUCUGUAUUCUCCUUUCACUCCGCUGCUUGUUAUUAAACUAUGUUAGGCUGGCUUUUAAAGUAGUAUAAAGGCUUGUUUUAGCAAGUUUUAGGUUGAGAUUUUAGAGGCAUUUUGGUCAGAUGAGGCUUACAAAUGAGGUGAGAACUAGGAUAGGACCAUGUUUAUGCUUAGCUCUACUGGAUCAUUUAGAGACGUACCUUAAAUGUCGCAUAAAGCCUGAGGCACAGGUUAGUCUGGGAGCUGGAGACCCAGGUUUCCUUCAGCAUCUCUCCCUCUGAUAGUGGCUUAUCUACAAAUGAAUCUUCCGCAGUCUAGAAAUGCUCAUAUUCAAUGGUGCAGCAUUGGUGCUUCUAGCCCUAACCUAAGGGUAAAAUAGGACAGAUUCUUUGCAUCUUAGAAGUAACUGUUUUCUUCCCCACAGAUCGUAAAUGGAUACUAGUGACAAGAUUGGGAGGGAGAUCUGCCUGUGGCCAAAUUAAUAACAACUGCUCGUGUAUGAGGUGGAAGAAGGAACAUUUUUAGGGCUUUUCAUAUACAUUCUGAAUUUUUCCACCUGCAGAUUCCUGUUAAGCUUUUCUUGAAAUACUAAAAGGAAGUGACAGUGAACACUGGUGAAGCAAUAUAAGAAUAUUUAAAUAGAAGAUUCAUCUAGAAGGCUAUAAAAGAGAAAAGCAGCCCCUGAAAGAGGCAUAUGCUAAUUAAAUUUGAUAAGAAACAAAUUAUCAAGACAACAGGGGUAUGAGGGCUGAGUCACAAAAAUGAAACACAAAAGACAAGUGACAGAGCUCCUGAGCUGGGAGAAAACUAGGACAAGAGUCUUACUUUAUUCUGUACCAUUUGUUUCUUCCAGGAGGCAGCAGUUACCUUGGCAGAUUAAAAACAAGAAAAACUCCCUCUAAAGCUUAAUUAGAAAUUCUCUGUCUUAUUCCAGGAAAAAAGGAAACAAAAUUUUUCUGAGUCACUGAAAAAGCCAAGGAGGAGCUUUACUGUUAUCGCAAGUGCUUAAAAUUAGACUUACCUUUUUCUAUCGUUUUCCUUAACAGUUGGAAGUAGCGAAUUGGAAACAUCCUCAGCCAUGAACUGGAUUGUCCAUUGCAGCCCCAAAGCUAUCUUAUCUUCUCCUUUUUCAUGCUUCAUGCUAGUUAGUCCAGCUGGGAGCUUUCUGAGCAGCUAAAGGAGAGUGGGGGUGAUGUGAAGCACCUUAUCCUACCUCCCCUUUAGGCUUCUCAAAGACCAAAGCAAAAGGGGGUGGGCAUUUUUUUAACUGUUGAUGAGUUGCAGAUCCUGAAAACUUGCUAGUUUGAGUUUGAAAAAGAGACUUGUUUGUAAUUUUGAAGGAUGUAUCACUUUUCAAAUUUUGGUGUGUAUGAAGUUUACUUUUUCAGGUGUACUUCAAUAUGGUAAAAUACUUGCAGAAGGAGUACACAGCUGGUAAGAACUUGUUUGUAAAUUUGAAAGACUGUUCAUACUCCCCAGGUGAAUUUGUGUUCCUCGCUUUGUGCCUGAUUCCCAUUCUUCAUGUGUUGCCUUUGUAGCACUUGAACAACGUACUUUACUUGCACAGCCUUAUUGAAUCUAAUUAUCCUUAGCUAAAACUUCAGUCGUUCUUGUUUUGAGUGAAAUGGCUGCUUAGGGCCCUUCUGUUCAACAGGCUUUAUUUGUCUUUGACUUCGUGCGCUGAGAAGUUUCAUUGUCCCCAGAAUAACUACUUGCAGCAGUUUCAUGAACUGCAUGAAGUCGUCAACCUGCUGGGUUUUAAUUGAAUGCAAAAUUACCCAAAGCUCAAUUUACUUUUAGAAAAGCAUUGCACAGUUUCUUAGGGAAUGCUAUUUGUCAUGCGUUGCAAGUUAGGUGUUCUGAUUCCAGCUGCUGCAGCAGAUGUUUGUGCAGAGAUUCUUUUGUUGUGCGUAGAAUUGUCUAAUAUUCUGAGAAUUACUCUGCAAAAUUCAACACUCUGGUGUGGUGUUGUGGUAGACAGAAAUAUCUGCUAAGCUAAUUUUGAUGAUGCUUAAUGUUGCAUUGCUUUUUUUAUUGUUGUUAAUCUGUGGGGAAAAUGACUCCUGUUUUAUUUUCCUUCUGUAGAAGCAUAUUGAAGCUUCUUAUCACAGAAGAAUUUAGAUUGGAAAGGACUUCUGGCAGUCAUCUCGUCCAACCUCCUGCUCAAAGCAAGUCCAAUUAGAUCAGGCUGAGAUUUUGUAGCCAGUUCUAGUGCUUGGCCACCCUUACAGUGGGGGAAAAAAAAAUUUCAUCUCAUUGAAAUUUCCUGUGUUAUAACUUGCGCCUGUUGCUUCUUGUCCCAUUACUCUGUCCCUCUGAGAAGAGACUGGCUCUGUCUUCUCUACACCCACUGACUGUGGUUGCAGCUGUAGACAUCAAUAAGGUCUCCCCUGAGCCUUCUCUUCUCCAGAGUGAAGAAACUCAGCUCUCUCAGCCUCUCUUGUAUCCUGUGCUUCAACCCCUUGACCAUCUUGGUGGGCCUCCGCUGGACUAGUUCCAACAUGUAUCUUUCUGGUAUUGAGUACAAAACUGGACACAUAUUCCAGAUGCAGUCUCACCGGUGCUGAAUAGAGGAAAAGAAAUGCUUCUCUUGACCAGCUAGCUACACUGUUGCUAACACUGCCCAGUAUAUGCUUGGCUGCCUUUGUCACAAAGUCCUUUUCUGCAGAGCUGCUCCCCAGCCAGUCACCCCCCUUCCUGUACUGCUGCAUGCAGUUAUUCCCUUCCAGAUGCAGGACUUCACAUUUGCCUCACAUCCUCACGAGGCUCCUGUGAGCCCGUUACUUCAGCUUGUCCAGGUCCCUCUGAAUAGUGGCCUGCCCUGCAGCCUGUUGCCUGUUCUCCUCACCAUCUGUGAACUUGCUGCGAGUGCGCUCCCUCUCGUUGUCCAUGUCUUUAAGAUAGAUGCCAAAUGGUAUCGGCCCCAUUAUGAGUUCUUGAGGGGCACCACUAGUUACUGGCUGCUAGCUAGACUUUGUAUGACUGAUCAUGAACCUUUGUGCCUGGCAGUCCAGCCAGUUUUCCACCUUGAUUUUCAUCCAAAUACCCAUCCUAAGCUGUUGGAUUCUGAAGCUGGUAAUCUUUGGUAUUUACUGUUUUUUUUGUCUGUUUUCCAGCUAGAAAACCUCUAUUCUGUCUGAGGACUCUGUUUUUGAUACUUUGUAUGUUGACGCAUCUCUGGAGAUGAACAUAGAUUCUCUCUUUCCGUUGAAGAGAAACUUGGUGUUGGCAGGUGGUUGGUGAGCAAGGACUGAUGAAGGAGUGGGAAGGGAUGUGAUGCCUUAUCUGAUGGGGCAGUGAUAUUAUUUUUUAAAGGAACAGGUGAGAGAGAGCUUCUGUAAGAGUGAGUGGCUCUUGGAAAGAUGAGGAAGAGUGAAUUCCAUAAAUAAGAAAGGAGUCUGUGCAAAAUCAAAAGAUGUGCUUGUUUUUGCUAUUAAUGCAUUUUGUAUCCACAGGUAUAUAUUUAUUCUGGUUCAAGAUGUCUGCCUCGAGGUUGGUUUCUAACAGAACUUCCCAGCAGGCCUUAUCUAACUCCGAUUACACUUGGGAGUAUGAGUACUACGAGUAUGGACCAGUGUCAUUUGAAGGACUGAAGGCUCAUAAAUAUUCCAUUGUGAUUGGAUUUUGGGUCGGUCUUGCAGUUUUUGUCAUCUUCAUGUUUUUUGUCCUGACCCUGCUGACAAAGACAGGAGCACCACAUCAAGACAAUACAGAACCUUCUGAAAAAAGAUUUCGUAUGAAUAGCUUUGUGGCAGAUUUUGGAAGACCUCUAGAGUCAGAAAGAGUCUUUUCUCAUCAAAUAGCUGAAGAAUCUCGGUCACUUUUCCAUUUCUGCAUUAAUGAAGUGGAACAUUUGGACAAAGGAAAACAAAGUCACAGAGGUAUGGGCCUGGAGAGUAAUACUCACUUCCAGGAAGUUCCCAGGAGCAGUGGAAGAUUUGAGGAGGACCUGAACUGUCUCACGAAAUUUAACAUUCCUAAUUUUGUAAAUACUGAGCAGAACUCUUCACUAGGUGAGGAUGAGCUUCUCAUCUCGGAACGACCUAUCAUUUUAGAAAGCAAAUCUGUCAUGCAAUCUUCCCAUCGGAUCCUUGACUGAGAAGUCUUUUACUUUAACAUAAAAAUUCCCAUUAUUGUCCAGUUGAAAGCCCUUCUCAGCCUUUUGGCUAUUUGACAGAAGGUAUUUCAGACCUGUGCUCUUUAUUGUGAAUACUGGCUGUGCUGACAGAACUCAGCUUAGACCAGAAGUAAAAUACUGAAUGCUUUAUUCUGAUGUCUUCUGUGGUUGGAGCCCCUUUCUCAGCAUUGUUUUUGCUUCCUGUUUUUUGUUUUGAAAUGACUGCUUAUAUCCAGCUUUCUUAAUAUCAUAAUGAUUUGUGGUGACUGUGAAAGCUGGAGCCUGGCUCUGGGAGGGAUGUGAAAACUCUCCUUGGCCAAGAAAGACUGAAGCAAGGAAUAAACAGGCAGCCCUUGGGGGUGUUCUGCACCUUCUGCCACCCCCAAAAAGGAUGACUGAAACUGUGAGCAGCACGGUGGUAUCUGCCUGGCAUUAAUUUCUACUUCUGUUUCCUAACUGUUUUUAGAUGCAGCUGAAACUCGGUUUACAAAGCAUCCAAAGAGACUACCUUGCAUAUUAAAUUGUACAGUUAGUGUUCACAAAAUGCUACCACCAUCUGCUGCUGAAUAAAAGCAGAUUGAUGCCUGUAGUUAUGGUACUUCAGAUUGACAUUCUGACAGUUGCACAGUGAUGACCAGGAAUUAGUGUUUUACACAAACAUUAAUUUGAUUUUAUUGCCUAUAUGAAUGUCUGAGUUGGUAAGUGCAGGAUUCAGUAGCAAAGUCAUAGGAAAUCAGAUGAAAACUAUUCUUUUUUUGCCAGUAGAAUUACUGUAUGCAAAUAGUAGUGGUGUGUUAAGCUGUCAUUACACUUUGCUUAUGGACUGGGCCUCUGUAUGCUUUUUGGCUCUAGAAACUGCCCUCUUUUGACCAGUGGUCCAGUGAAGGGCUAUCAGGCCUUUGAGUUGUUUUGAGAGAGCCAGCUCCAAGAAUGUGGUUGAGCUGUGCUUGCUCCGUCAUCAUCUUGUACUCAGUUGGGAUGGUAUUGCAAACACAGCUGCUCUCCUAGGGAGAGGUUUGCUAAGGAAAUGAAGAAGUGGGUUUUUUUUAGUUCUUUUUGUUUGUUGUUUUUUGGGUAUGUUUUUAAGACUAAAGUUCUGAACCUUAGCCAGUACUUAAAAGUACUUUUCAGCUUUUUGCUGAGCUGCAUAGCUGAUGCCCAAAUGGUUUUACAGCAACUGCAUGGGAUGCAGAAAAACCAGGUUCAAAGCCUUUGCUGGAUUUGGAGUAAGUGUGCUGCGGGAAGCUCCUAAAAAAACUCAAACUAGUGGAUUCAAGAUACUGUGCCUAAUCUGGUUUUCUUGAAAGUAAUCUGCUUUGUACGUAACAUGUUUUGUGUUAGAGUGAAAAUGUAGCAGUGACCUGCUGGUAUGUGCUUUAGACACUUGUGAAUUCUUCCUUAUCCUUCACCUGACAAAUAGAAGAAAUAGCAAAUGAGUUGUGUGUUUAAGGAAUACAGGGGUGAGGAAAGAGUAACUCCUCACUUGUUUUAAUGUCCUAUGUCUUUAUUAUAAAUGACUUAUACCUACA